AUGUUAGGAAUGGAUGUCAUAUGUCAAGCUAAGUCUGGGAUGGGUAAGACAGCAGUGUUUGUUCUAUCUACCCUGCAUCAGAUUGAGCCCGUUUCUGGUCAAAUUGCUGUACUUGUCCUUUGCCACACAAGAGAACUAACUUACCAAAUCUGCCAUGAAUUUGAGAGGUUCAUUACUCAUUUACCUGAAGUUAAAGUUGCUGUAUUCCACGGCGGUGUGAACAUUAAGAUCCACAGAGAUUUGUUGAAGAAAGAAUGCCCUCAUAUUGCUGUGGGAACUCCUGGAAGAAUAUUGGCUCUUGUCAGGGAUGAGGAUCUCGGUUUGAAGAAUGUGAGGCAUUUUAUUCUUGAUGAGUGUGACAAGAUGCUUUGGGCAGGUGAUAUGAGGAAAGAUGUUCAACAAAUUUUCAAGAGGACCCCUCAUGAUAAGCAAGUUAUGAUGUUCUCGGCUACUCUCAGUAAGGAGAUGCGACCAGUUUGCAAGAAGUUUAUGCAAGAUCCUGUGGAAAUUUAUGUAGAUAAUGAAGCCAAGUUGACUCUCCAUGGGCUUGUACAGUAUUACAUCAAAUUAACUGAGGUAGAGAAGAACCGAAAGUUGAAUGACCUUCUUGAUGCCUUGGAUUUCAACCAAGUUGUCAUUUUUGUCGAAAGCAUAAAAAGAGCAGCUGAGCUGAAUAGGUUGAACCGUUACAAAAUUUUCAAAGAGGGUCUCAAAAGAAUUCUUGUCGCAACUGAUUUGUUUGGAAGGGGAAUUGACAUGGAGCGUGUCAAUGUUGUUGUUAACUAUGAUAUGCCAGAUUCUGCAGACACUUACUUGCACAGGGUAGGUCGAGCUGGUCGAUUUGGCUCGAAAGGACUUGGCAUUACGUUUGUGUCUUCUGCUUCCGAUUCUCGCGUUCUUAAUCAGGUUCAGCAAAGGUUUGAAGUGGAUAUAAAGGAGAUUCCAGAACAAAUUGAUGCUACUACAUAUGGUAUAUAUGCUACCUCUUACUGGUUUGCUUUUAACUGUCUCGUGAGCUCGAACUGUGCUUGA